CACUUUUCCAAUUCUCCCUGCCUCUUGACCGUCAUCAUCGCUAUCCUGACUAGAAUCGUUGCCGCCGCCGCUACUGCUGCGUCGUCGAGAUGGCGGAUCCGCACGAUGAAGGGAGAUUUGCAUCGCCUUCUUCCUCUUCUUCGUCGCCUGCUCCUGUCAAGAAGAGGAGGCUCGAGCUCGACGGCCUCAAAUUCGACAAUCCAGGAGCGGCAUUCGACUUCGCAAUUGACUCUUCACACCAGGGCAGACCAGCUCGAAGGACGGCCUCGCUGACGGGUUCAGCCAGAGCAAGUCCUGCCGUCGGCCCUUCUCAGCCAUCCCGAGAGGCCAUUGCGGCCCGCACGACGGCCACCACAUCGGCAGCGCCCAUCACCUCGAAGCGUCAACGUCGUCCUUCCUCCAAGCUAAGAGAUGACUACGAUGGGCUCGUAAUCAGAAGUAGUCCACCAUCAUCUUCCACGCCGCGUCGAAAGCGCACCAUCUCCUCGUCGCAACCUGUAGCAGGGCCAUCGACUUCGAAGCCUCCACGAUUUCACCCUACAAGGGGCGACACGCUCGAUCGACUGCAACAGGAGCUCGACGAUAUCCAUUGCGACCAUGAUGAAAUGGUUCGAGAGCUCUUUCAUUUGAGCAAAUUCGUCACCUACGUAGGUUACGACCCAGCAAUAGCAAAGGAGGACAGAAGCCACGUCUUUGAGCAUUUUCGUGCUGAGCACGGCCUCGACCUCGAAUCAAAGCUAGCACGACGAGCUACGAGGCGUAUCGUGAGCAGCAGAAUGGACGACCUGUCGCUGCGAAAGGCUCGCCCAAGCGAUGUCAAGGGCAAGGGCAAGGCAGAUGAAGAUGCGGCCACGCCUUCCAAGAAGCAGCCUCGUCGCUCCUCGCCCGUCAAAGCUGAGCAGCCAGCGAAGAAGAAGAAGACGACGAAGGCGAGAAAGCAGGGAGAGGACGGAGAGGAGGAGUACGACGAGGCUUUUCUUCUCGAGCUUUGGCAACGCAGACAGCGCCAGCACGUCCCCCCACCGAUACCUCCGUUAUUGGCAGCCACGAGCUACAAGCAAGUGCCCGAGCCCUACGAUUUCGGCUCGGUCGACGCAUUCUGGGGAAGCUUUCGAAUGCUGGGCAAUGACGAGCGCGAGGACUGGGAUCCGGAAGAGACAGAGCGAUGGGAGCAGCGCGAGGCAGAUCUAUACACGCGAAUCGAUGCGGCUCGAGCAGAGGGACGCUUGCUCGAUCAGCCAGCCUCGACUACCGUGCUGCGUCCGCUGAAGGAGCCGCAACUUCCGUCGAUCUCGCACGUCGACCACAUCGCUCAGCGCGCCCAUGCCGUCCGCAGCGAAGCCAAGCAGCGCAGAGCCGUCGCCCGCAAAGCAGCGAGAGCGAUUCAGACAUACUGGCAGUCUCGCCAGGGAGAAGGCGAACGAGAGCGCAAGGCUCAAGAGCGUCACCUCAGAACAUUGGCGCGCUGGACAGUACGCGAAGUCAACAAGCAAUGGAAGCUGGCAGUGAGCGUCGUGCGCGCACAGAAAGCAAAACAGGAAAAGCUCGACAGGGAAAGGGCCGGCCGCGAGCAGCUCAGCAUGAUCCUCGAGAGGAGUACACAGUACCUGGGUCAGAGGGAGGAGGACCUGAGACAGGGACGUAUCUUGAGCGAUGCAGGGAGCGAGGCGGGCGACGAUGAGAGCGAAGCUAGCACCGAGUCAGACGUCUACAGCGUCGAGGACGAUGGGAGUGCAGCGAGCGAUGACGACAGGAGUCAAAACGGCGAACCCGAGACCCGUAGCACGGCAGCAAGCUCGCAAGGCGACACGAACCACAUGGCAUCUCUCGUUGACGUCAACGGUCACGAAGCCAGCGAUGGCGAGGAAGAUCACCGGCAUCGUAGUCUACGCAGGCUCAUCGAGGACGCCAGCGGCGAUUCAGUAUCUCGAUCGAGUCGAGAGAGGAGCUCCCCUCCGACCUCAACUGGUCGACCUCCUGCUAUCCCUGAGUCUCCUGAGGCCGAACCAGUCCCAUCACCGCUGGGCACUCGUUUUGGAAAGCAUCAGCCCAAUGGCAUCAACGGCGACGGCAACGGUAUCGUCGAGUUGACCGGCGGCCAGGACGGCGACGCCAGCAAUUCGAACGAGCAAGCAAUCAACGGCAUCGCCGACGAUCACUCUCGUCCGUUCAGUAAGGCGAAUGGCGAAGUCAAUGGUCACGUCGACAUCCCCCCGUCACCUAGCGCUGCUGGGUCAAACGCCUCCGUGUCAGCGGGGGAGGAAGAAGAGGACGACGACGACGAGGGGGAAAACAUUGGACGUCGCCGCGAAGAUGCUCAGCUGGAGCAGGAGAUGCGCGAUGAAGACGAAGAGGAUGAGAGCGAAGAUGAUGGCUUGCUGGCAGACGCCGACGUACCGAUUGAGGAACUGAUGAGGCGCUACGGAUACGGUGCGGCGAAUGGCGAGACGUCAGAGGCGGAGAGCGAAGAGAGCGAGGACGAGGAUCAGAUGGAGGAGGAUGGGGAGUCCAGCUCUUCGAGCGAGCGCGAGUCGGAGUCAUCGACCGCGCGCGAGGAUGUCAACGGCACCACCGUCUCUCAAAACACCUCUGACGCAGCGUCAAUCUCGCUGGCCAAGGUGGGUGCCAAUGCUCCUGCCCUACAUCAGCCCUUUCUUUUGCGCGGCAAUCUGCGCCCUUACCAGCAGACUGGCUUCGAGUGGCUUGCCAGCUUGUACGCCAACAGCGCCAACGGUAUCCUCGCUGACGAGAUGGGAUUGGGUAAGACGAUUCAGACGAUCUCACUCCUCGCCCAUCUGGCCUGCGACCGCGGCGUGUGGGGGCCUCACCUCGUCAUUGCGCCCACCAGUGUCAUGCUAAAUUGGGAAGUGGAGUUCAAGAAGUUCUUGCCGGGCUUCAAAAUCCUUUCGUACUACGGGUCACAACGCGAGCGCAAAGAGAAACGCAUCGGGUGGAACACCGAGCACAGCUUCAACGUCUGCAUUACCAGCUAUCAGCUCGUUCUCGCCGACCAGCACAUCUUUCGUCGCAAGCCAUGGGUCUACAUGAUUCUGGACGAAGCUCACCACAUCAAGAACUUUCGCUCUCAACGCUGGCAGACGCUCCUCGGCUUCAACUCUCAACGUCGCCUACUCCUGACCGGAACGCCCCUGCAAAACAACCUCAUGGAUCUCUGGUCGCUGAUGUAUUUCCUCAUGCCCAACGGCCUCAGCGACGUCGCGGGCGCCGGGGCAUUCGCCAACAUGAAGGACUUCCAGGAGUGGUUUUCCAACCCGCUCGACCGAGCCGUUGAAGCUGGCAGCUCAAUGGACGAGGAGACCAAGAAAAUGGUGGCCAAGCUGCAUACCAUCUUGCGUCCGUUUCUGCUACGUCGCCUCAAGAGUGAAGUUGAGCAGGAGCUCCCUCGCAAGUACGAGCAUGUGCUGCGAUGCCGUCUCUCGAAGCGCCAACGCUUCCUCUACAAUGACUUUAUGAGUCGAGCCAAGACGAAGGAGUCGCUCGCGAGCGGCAGCUACAUGUCCAUCAUCAACUGUUUGAUGCAACUGCGCAAGGUCUGCAAUCAUCCCGAUCUUUUCGAGGUUCGUCCGAUUGCUACCGCUUUCGCCAUGGAACCCGUCGCGGCCGAAUACUCGGACCGAGAGCGACUUGUUAGGCAGCACUUUGCUGUUGCUCCUCCAGACGUGGUUGAUGGGCCAGUGUCGUUCGACGUCACCUCGCGAGAGCAGCACCUCACGCCGGUCGCCACCCGACUCACGCGACGACUCGACGCUUCCGAUAAGCUGCCAUACGCGCGGGCGCCGCUACCAUCCAAGCCGCCCCUGGACAUGUGGACAAUCGAAGGCUACCGGCGCACGCUGAAUCAACGUCGACAUGCCGACGAGGUCCGCGACUGGAAGGCCAAGGUACGGGUCAAUCGAUUGCGGUGCGCUCAGCACCCGACGUAUGGGCGUGGCUUGCUAAAAAUUUUCGGAAGCAUGGCAUCUACGCUCCAGCCCUUCGAUCUUAUCGAGGGUGCACCCGGAUAUCGUCGCGCGUAUCUCUCGCGCUGCUCGCAUGCACUUCGUCUGGUCAGCUCGCUACAAGCUCGUUCAGAGGCCAUGGCGCCCUUCGUUGACCGCUUUGCCUUUGUGCCCCCGCGAGCGAUGGCCAAGGGCUUGGAGGAGAUUGCGGCGCCCGGUGUCGAGCUCUCCAGGGACGUCAACUUGGACUCGCCACUGCAUCGCUCUGCAACCAAGCUGCAAAUUGCUUUCCCCGACGCCUCGCUGCUGCAAUACGACUGCGGUAAGCUACAAGAGCUGGAGCGUCUGAUGAGCCGCCUCAAAGACGGCGGUCACCGCAUCCUCAUCUUCACACAGAUGACGCGUGUCCUCGACAUCCUCGAGGCAUUCCUCAACCUGCACGGCUAUCGCUAUCUGCGUCUGGACGGAGCCACUAGAGUCGAUCGUCGUCAAGCCCUCACCGAAAAGUUCAAUCGCGACACGCGUAUCGACGCCUUCAUCCUCAGCACUCGCAGCGGUGGGCUCGGCAUCAACCUCACGGGCGCAGACACGGUGCUCUUCUACGAUUUGGACUGGAAUUCAGCAAUUGAGGCUCAGUGCAUGGAUCGAGCUCACCGCAUUGGCCAGACGCGCGAUGUCCACAUCUACCGCUUCGUCUCCGAGGCUACCAUUGAGGAGAAUAUGCUCAAGAAGGCUGACCAGAAGCGUCUCCUCGACAGCGUCGUCGUUGGCGGCGGUGACUUUACGACGGAGCGGCUGAAGCGUGGCGACUGGCGCGACAUGCUCGAUGACGGAGGCAAGACGCUAGCGGGCGUGGCUGUGGGUGGCGACGAUGGUGCGCAGGGCGACGACGAUGCGGCUGCCCGAGCCAUCGCAGAGGUCGAGGAUGAGGAAGACCAGGUGGCGGCCGAGGCUGCUCGCGAGGAGAUGGUGGCGUUGGACGAUGCAGUGACCGACUUUAGGGAGGAAUCACGCGUAGAGGCGGCAGACGAUGCGGGCGAGGAGGCAGGCAAUGAGGCGCGUGUGCAGAUCGGGGCAAGCAACGAGACACAAGUGCAGGUCGAGGGAGCAGCAGAGGAGGAGGAAGAUGAGGAGGGCACAGUGGACGACUACAUGUUGCGCUUUGUAGAGCGUGACUGGUCGUGGUUCACCACUGGCUUCAAGGUGUGAGCGGCGGCGCGGUGCGAAUUCAAAACCACUUUUCAGACCACCCCACAUGGCCCACCUUUGUCGUCUGCAAUUCCAAAUGUGUGUAUUUUCCA